UUAGUUAACAGUUUUGGUACUUCUGAGUAGCAGCCGACGAAAUUGCGCAACGGCUGGUGAAAGGUUACAAAACUUCAGAUUACUGGAGUAUCAUUCACAUAUGAUUUGAUUUCAGUUGAAUUGGAAUCGUCAUGGCUCGCUGUUUAUUCACAAGAUCAUACUGUCGACUCUUGAGCUCCAAUGCACGAGAGAGGAAAACUAAGGUAAUGCUUGAUAGGAUGAUCCGUGUGGACCAUGCUGGGGAGUUUGGAGCCAACAGAAUCUAUGAGGGCCAGAUGGCUGUCCUGGGAAAGACUGAAGUGGGGCCAGUUAUUCAGAAAAUGUGGGAUCAAGAAAAGGUGCAUCUGAAGAAAUUUGAAGAGUUGAUUCCACAAACAAGAACAAGGCCUACUGCUAUGCUGCCACUAUGGAACAUUGCUGGCUUCGCUUUGGGGGCCAGCACUGCGUUAUUGGGUAAAGAGGGUGCCAUGGCGUGUACUGUGGCUGUUGAGGAUGUCAUAGGCAAUCAUUAUACCAGUCAAAUCAGGGAACUUGUAGAGGAUGAUCCAGAAAGACAUAAAGAACUGUUAGAGACGAUAAAACAAUUCAGAGAUGAGGAAUUGGAACAUUUAGAUACUGGAAUAGAGCAUGAUGCAGAACAGGCACCUUUCUACAAAGCUCUGACACAAGUUAUUAAAGUUGGUUGCCAUGGUGCCAUCUGGAUUUCAGAACGAAUAUGAUGUAUGCACCUUUAUUGCGGAGGAAUCAAUUUGUUCUCGGUAAAAGUGUGAACUGAAGGAUCUCAAGCUCAUUAAUAAUGACUUUAUUGGACUGAAGAAACAUGUGCUUUGUUAAGUUUUAAACUAUGCACGCGCAACAACAGACUUUCUUGGACUAAAGGUACAAAUGUGCCUUGUAAUGAUAUGUUUCAAACUAUGAGCAACAGAAGUUUCCAUCUACCACUGUUGGUCGUAUAUCAAUCCUUGAAAGGAGGAGACUUGAUGUUCACCAGGUCGGCAUGAAUUUUCCUGGAGUACGUGUUCCGAUUUGAUUGCGUAUAGAACAACAUGAUUUGUCUCUGUGCUUUCAAAUUGAGUACCACGUGAGAGCGUUAAGACAAUAAGAUGAACAGUUGCGGAAUGUUGAAUAAUGUGAAUGCUAGCUAAAGCAGUAAAGGAGAUGUCUGCUGUCCUUGUAAGAGCUAAAAGGCUGAUUUGCAUAGCAGUUUGCAACAGUUGGCAAAGCUGGUAACUAGCAAUCAGACAUUAGUGCCAAAAGGAGAUGAGUUGGCUCUAUUUGUUUAAAACAUGUAUUAACAUUCAAAUAACAAUAACAAAAUGCA